AUGUUGUUUUUUAACUUUAACAGGAAGUAUUACGGGGAGAAGAUUGGUAUUUAUUUUGCUUGGCUGGGUUUCUACACUGAGAUGCUGUUGUUUGCUGCUGUUGUUGGGACGAUUUGUUUCAUCUACGGAUUCCUCACCUAUGAUGAAAAUGAGUGGAGGUGAUUUGUUGGUGAAAUAUUACUCUGAUUUGUGCAAAUUUUAAAUGUUAGGUUUCAUAUCUAAUUUGAUUUUUCUUGUUACUGAUAAAACGUUUUGACUUCCUUACAGUAAAGAAAUCUGUGAUGAGAAUAUUGGAGGCAAAAUCGUCAUGUGCCCACUCUGUGACAAGAAAUGUGGCUACUGGAAACUCAACUCAACAUGCAACUCCUCAUGGGUGAGACACUCUGGCUAAGUGUUAUUUCACUGCGAUUCCUGCUCUUUUAAUUAUAAACGGCAUGCAAGGAAUUAUUAGAGCUGAUUGUCAACAAACUUGUACUUGUAUCUCAAAUUUUGUCUCAAACGUGUUCUUCUUUCAGCAAUCACAUCUGUUUGACAAUGUGGGAACUGUGUUUUUUGCCAUAUUCAUGGGGAUUUGGGGUGAGUAAAAUGCCUGCUCCAAGCUUUGAGUACUUUUUUAACCAGUGCUGCUCUUGAACUAUUAUGAUUCAUCUAAAAUCACAGUUUAUUAUUCAAUAGAAAUACUCAAAAAUAUCACCCGGUUCAUUUGUUUGGUAACUUGAUAAACAGUCAGUCACUUCUGCCACAAGCUCCACCACAUAUCACAGAGACAAAUGGAGGUGAAAGCACCAACUUCUUACAUUUUGGGGACUUUUUUUCUGUGCAGUGACGCUGUUUCUGGAGUUCUGGAAGAGGCGGCAGGCUCGUCUUGAGUAUGAAUGGGAUCUGGUUGACUUUGAGGAGGAGCAACAGCAGCUGCAGCUUCGGCCAGAGUAUGAGACCAAGUGCACCAACCGCAAGCUGAACCGCAUCACUCAGGUGUUUGUGUGCUCAUGAAAUACGAAUAUAUUGUAUUAGGCCUGUCACGAUAACAAAUUUUGAUGGACGAUAAUUGUGCUACAAAUUAUUGCCGAUAAACGAUAUUAUUGACACCGUUUUUUAAAUUAUAGAUAAUGAUAUUAAAUGGCAUAAUAAUGCGAGUACACCGUGUCAAAAGUGAUAAACUUUAAUUUCACCCACGACGAAGACGUAACGUUGACGAGCUAAACAUAAGUCGGAGAUGACUAAAAUGUGACGAGACGAAAGUGCGUUUACGUUGAUGGGACGAGACGAAAAUGACGAACAGAGUUGCAAAACUCAGUCAGUUAAACGCUAAACAUAUAGGAGCAGCUUCAGUCCGCUCUGACAGCUCUCAUCAGCCUGCUGUGCUCCUCCAACACACAGACACACACGCGCGCGCGCACACACACGUGGAGUUUUGUGGUUGACGAAAACAAAACUGGUUUAAAGCCGAAAUAUUCCCACACUCGGGCUGUUGCGUUCGGUUUAGACACCAAAGCUGUCGUGUUCAUUCUGUUUGCUUGCUUUUCACUCACGACGCUCACUUGCAGCACUGUAUCCAAAAAGUCUGUGUCUGUGUGCCCGUGCGCGCCUACGUGUACCUGUGCGCGCGCCCCCCCCAUGACAAAGAUACUGAAUGACUGACAGGAGGGUUCACUAACUCCGUUCAUUCCGCUAUAGAGCCAACGCCCCCAGGUGCCGAGAAAAAUGCGCAGAGUGAGACCUCUUCUCUCAACCAGCGUGUUUGGUAGCGAGAGAGGAGGAAAACAAACGCACGUCAAUUAUCGAGGCUGGUAAAAUGACCGACCUCGUUUUUAUUUACCGAGCGAUAAGGCGAUUUAUUGAUUAUCGCGACAGGCCUAUAUUGUAUGAUUGUUCUUAAGUAAAGCUCUAAGUUGACUUUGCCUCAAGAUGACUUUGCGAGAUGGACAUUUUGUAUGAGAGGGUUUAGACAGAUUGCAGCAUCUGUUCAUAGAAGAUUACUCUGAGUCAGUCAAAGUCAUUCAUUAAGCCACUUCCUGGACGAAAAGAGAAGAAGAAGGGAAAUUGAUGGACACAGACUUGUGAGAAUUAACUGGGUGCUACAAUUUGCUUUGACCACAUCCCACCCAUCUGUAGGAAAUGGAGUUGGUUCUUGAGAGGACUCCAACAGAUCUAAUGGGAAAACUGUUUGUGUGCUGGGCCACCGUGGUACUCUGGGUAAGGGUAGCACUCUAUGUGGAAUGUCAAACUGGUGAGGGAGAGGUUUUGGUGUGGCGUAGUUUGUGUGGAUAACAGACUUUCUGGAAAGACUCUGAGGCUCAAGCUUCCUCCUGCAAUGCAUACCUGAUUUGUGGUUGCCCAGUAUCUUGACUUGUUUUUGCACAAGCAUGACUUCACCAGGAGACUGCUUGAUGAAAGAGUACAGUUCUGGUUUAAAUGCCUGUAUCAAAUGUGCACCGAUUGGGUCAUCUAGCGCUGCCUCACAUCUGAGGCGAAUGGUGGUUAAAGAAACGAGGCCUUGUAAAGCUGUCUUUUCAGGCUUUAACAAAGGGUGGCUAACUCCCAUAUGCUAUUUGCUUGCUUAUGAUUUAGGAAAUGGAGCCGUACUUACCCAUAACAACCAAGUGUGCACGCACGUGUCUGUCUGGAGCCACCGUCCUGUUCUGGGUGAGCAUAGUAUCUUUGGUCAACUUGGUGAAUCUAUACAUGUUUCUUCUUUUCUCUACCAUCAUAACUUAUAUGAGAGAUGUUCUGAUAUCCAAACUAGUACCAGAAAUGCCUCUUAUAGGGCCUUAACUCCAGGGUGAGUACACAUGUCUGUUCUUGACAUCGUACUGAAAUCUAUUAGCUCCCUGGAUGAUACAUUUGUUUCAUAUUUUCUUAAUCAGUUGCUUUCUCAGCAGUAGUUUGACAUUUGCCAUAAAUUUUGAAUUUCACUUCUUGCAGCGACUGUUUUAUUUGGGUAAAGAGUUGAUAAGCAGAGCCGGCCAAAGGCAUAAGCAAACUAAGCGCCUGCUUAGGGCCCCGCGGCCAAUAGGGGGCCCCCAAGAGCAAUCAAAAAAAAUAUAAUGUAAUAUUUUUUAUUUUUUGCAUGUAUGAGUGAUGCUUUCUGUACGAUCAAAUAUAUAUUAUUGUAAAAAUAGAAUAAAAUAAAGUAAAAACAUUUUAGUGCUGCUGCUGAUGUAGGCCUAUGUCCUUACUGCCGAUAUGUCAAAGCUCUGCUAUCGUUAUGUACCUUCUGCUGUGCGCUGUGCACUGUGCACUGAGCAUCCAGAGCGCAGGUAGUUGUGGGGCAAAACAAUUUUGCAAAAAUGGGCUUAUCUUUCAGGAGCAGAAAAAAGAAAGAGAAGAAGAGAAAAAAAAACAAGAUGUUUGCAUGUCAUGAAAUGUUAAUCAAAGAGAUUUGUGAAGGUGUGUGAAUGAUCAACAAUAAAUAUUAUUGGCAGAAAUAGAGGGCCCCAAAAUCCAAUUUUGCUUAGGGCCCCAUUGAGGCUUGGACCGGCUCUGGAUAAGAGCAGCAUAUCAUGUGGCAUUUACAAACAACAAAGAACUAAAGUGGUGGUGGACGGAUAUGCAGCAUCAAGUUUUGGUAUCAGUAUUGUAAUUAAGGAGGAAAAACUUUGGUAUCAGACAUCUCUGUGAUCAGGACCAGUAUGUAUAAAACUGUAAGAAAAGGAGCCCUCCCAAAUGAUAGACUCUAAAAAUCUAAAAAACUUAAUUUAAAAUCAAGCAAAAGUAUGUAACUCCUAAAACUCUAACCCCUUUCAGUCUUAAGUUUUGCAGCUCUAAACAUACUGGCCAAGAUCCUGUCACUCUUGUUAACUCAUGUAAGGUAAAAAGUCUUUGAAUGAGUGUAUUUGAAGGUUUUAGUGGAUUUCUUUUCAUGGGGUAUUUGCACACACUUCAAACAUAACAAUUUCUUUCUCUUUCUAACAUCUUGUGGGCAACGAGCCAGCCUCUUCAUUAAUAUGUCUGUAUGCGCUUGCUUUCUGUACAUGCAUCACGGUUGAUGUGCAGUGUUCACUGUAGUGUUGUGUCGUUACCUACUUUGUAGUUGUCUUUCAUGUUGUCGCUCGUGUCUCUGUCCUAAAGAUCUCAUUGAUCAUUGCCUGCAUCAUCGGGGUGAUAGCGUACCGCCUGGCAGUAUAUGCAGCCUUUGCCAGCAUCAUGAAGGACAACCCCACCACCCACCUGCACGUAGUUGGCCCCCUCAUCACGCCACAGUUGGCCACCUCAGUCACCGCCUCCUGCAUCAACUUUGUUAUCAUCAUGGUCCUCAACCUCAUGUAUGAGAGAGUGGCUGUUUGGAUCACAGAUAUGGGUGAGGAUUAAAAGCGAGAUAGAAAACCCCCUCAUUGAUGAGUGUGUUAAUCCUUUAAGGUGCAAACUUAAAAAUGUUUUGGUGGAGUCUAAAACAACUUUUUUUUUAUCUUUCACAAUGCGGCAGAAAUUCCCAAAACCCACCUGGAGUAUGAGAACAAGCUGACAGUGAAGAUGUUCCUCUUCCAGUUUGUAAACUACUACUCCUCGUGCUUCUACGUGGCUUUCUUCAAGGGCAAGUUUGUCGGCUAUCCCAAAAAAUAUACCUACAUGUUCGGCGAGUGGAGCAAUCUGAGGAAUGAAGAGGUACGAGAAACAAACCACGAAAGAUUAGCAUUGGCAUUUAAACCUUUGAUUCAAUUUAUAAACCGUCUUUCUCUCCCUUACCCUACACAUUAGUGUGAUCCUGGUGGCUGUUUGAUUGAGCUGACCACCCAGCUGGUGAUCGUGAUGACAGGAAAACAGGUGUGGGGAAACAUCCAGGAAGCUCUGGUCCCGUAAGUACACUAACUGAGCCGACCACCCAAAACACAAUUUAUCUACAAACAGAGAAGUUGAACUAACUCUAAAAGACUCUACUGUUGUUGACCAUUAUUAUCUUUUUUUACCUCCGCCAAGGAGGUUUUUGGUCGCAUGGGUUGGUUUGUUUGUUUGUCUGUUAGCAACUUUACAGAGAAAGUUACAAACGGAUUGACCUGAAAUUUUCACCAGAGGUGCGUCUCAGUCCCAGGAGGAUCCCAUUACAUUUUGGUGGUGAUCCGGAUCGCCUUCUGGAUCCAGGAAUUUUUUGAACGAUUCUUUAUCAUUGUGAGAUAGGGCAAAUUUGGGAAUUUUUGCAUUUAACUUUAUAAAAAUGGCCAGAGUCUUUAGUAAAAAAUGACACAAAAGGAUCUCAAUGAGUUUUAUGAGGUGUCAAAGGUUGAUCCUGAUCCAGACAAAAUUCCAGAUACUGUGAUCCAGAACACACAAAAACAAGGGUGUCUUUGGAAUUUUCAAUGCUGAAAGAUAACCAAUGAAGAUACAAGGAAGUGUACGCUUACAAAUAUUGCAUAAUAAAUCAUGCAUUUAUGUAUCUAAUAUGAGCUUUGUUGUUUUAGGAACAUUAUGAACAGUGAACAUACCAGUUUAAACACAAAUAAAAGUUAAUAAAAGACACGUAACAGUAAAAGUUUUGGUGUGAAUCACAAUAUAAGAGGGGACAUGAGCUGCUUGGCAGAGGUCUGCGCUCUCUGAGUGCUUUUCUAGUUUAGAAAUGUUUCUCAGUUGCCUGCUACAGUCAUCCAAAACCAAUACAGUUAAAAUGGAUUUAUGAGGGUCAGCCCUGUUGGUUUAUAGCUCUCUAUCGCCCUCUUGUGGGUUGUAGGUGGCUGAUGAACUGGUGGGGCAGCAGAAAGGCACGAGGCCACCCAGAGAGUCUGUACAGCCGCUGGGAACAGGACCACGAUCUGCAGGGCUUUGGACAGCUGGGUCUCUUCUACGAGUACCUGGAAAUGGGUGAGCAUUCACUCAGUCUGUUACACUUAGACAAAUAGUCCACAGUCAAGAGUAUGCAAGUAGAAUCUAGAGUUAGUCAGAGCAGAGUCCAGAGUAAAAAUAAUAUCAACACUGCUAAUCUGUCACAAAAGUAAUGCAGAAAAAUCAUGGAGUAAACAUAAACACUGACCUUCUUUAUAAAUCUAGAUAGAUGGAUGCAGUGUCCCCUGAGAUUCUGCAGAUGGUGCUGUUUCCAUCCCCGCGUAUCUCACUGGUCUCUCUCUCCUCUCUAUGUCCCAGUGAUUCAGUUUGGUUUUAUCACCCUGUUUGUGGCCUCCUUCCCCCUGGCACCCCUGUUGGCACUGAUGAACAACAUCAUUGAGGUGAGAGUGGAUGCCUGGAAGCUCACCACUCAGUUCAGACGUCCCGUGGCAGCUAAAGCCCACAACAUCGGAGCCUGGCAGGAGAUCCUCAAUGGGAUGGCCGUCCUCUCUGUCGUCACAAAUGUAAAGGCUUUGCUACAUCAGUAUGCUCUGUAUCUGCUCGUUAUGUGAUUUUUUGUCUUAAGUUUUCCUCACACCGUUUCCUUUACUGAUCUCCAGGCAUUUAUUGUGGCCUUCACCUCUGAUAUGAUCCCUCGGCUCGUGUUCAUGUACGCCUACCAGCCAGAUGGGGAGAUGAAUAUGAAAGGCUAUAUAAACAACAGCCUGUCGGUGUUUAAUAUCUCUGAGCUCAAACCGGCCAACAGACCUGAAGACGGGGAGAACCCUUUCUGGUUUAACAGCUCCAUCACUACCUGCAGGUAUACGGGAUUUGAAGAGGAAAACAGUGAUUGCUGAUGGAGAAUAUGUUUCCAUUUCCACAUUACUUUACUACUGUGCUAGUUAAAGUAGAAAUACUGUCACGAUACAACAUCCUAAUACAAGCUGAAGUUCCUAUUCAUGUUUUUUCUUCAUAGGUAUCGUGAUUAUCGCUACCCUCCAGGCCAUGAGAAGGAGUACGCCCACACUAUGCAGUUCUGGCAUAUUCUGGCUGCCAAGCUGGCUUUCAUCAUCAUCAUGGAGGUAAAGCCAGUGCUUCUACCAGCACCACAGAAACACACAUUUUUCAGACAGAAUACAAGACCAUGCAGGCUUUUUUUCUUAGAGUUUUUUUGUUUUGGGUUGAAACUAACUCUUCUACUUUCUUCCUCAGCAUGUUGUUUUUGUGGUCAAAUUCUUUGUGGCCUGGAUGAUUCCCGACAUCCCCUCUGAUGUGAGGGCUCGAGUGAAGAGGGAGCGCUACCUGGUUCAAGAGUAUCUUCAUAACUAUGAGGUGGAGAAGCUGAAGAUCCAGCUCAGCCAAAACGGCCAUAACGAGUGUACCUGCACGCCCAUGAUCUACCCGUCUCUACCCAGACAUGAGGUGUUGUCGGAGUGCCUCUAG